UAGGACUAAGCCGGUUGGCAUCCUGACCGCGAUCAGUCCAAGCCGGGUUCGCCACGUAUGGAGGUUUUCGUCUCCUUGACUACAGCACAACUCAGAGAGGAGAAUUUUCAACCCUGCAAUGGAAGGGAGAAAGGGGAAGAAGGGUUACAUGUGGGCAAUUUCAGCUGGUCUCAACGCUGCGUUCGCUGCCAUUGCCGCCAAGCUUUUCUCCUCUACGUUAAUUAGGUAUGGACUGGUAAUUGCGUUCAACUUGGCAAUGUGGGGAUGUUAUGUCAACAGCUUAAAAGCUCUCUCGUCAUUACAAGCUACAGGGACCAACUUUUCAGCAAACUUUCUUUGUUCUGGUCUAGCCGGUUUCUUCUUGUUCGAAGAAGCAUUAUCAUUUCAGUGGUUUGUAGGUGCCAUAUUGAUUGUAAUGGGCGUGCUGAUAUUGAAUCAGUCGAGCAUUGAGAAGAAGGAAUCAAAGGACUGACCUCUGCUCUAUUUUCAUUGAAUCUCUUGUUUCCAAAUUUUUGUUUACAUAUAUCUUACCAAUGUUCGACAAACUUUGGUACAUGUAUGUGGGUUUUUUGCUU